GUGUCCAGUGUUGUACUUCAGAGUGCAGAGGGUGUGUCCUGCUGUGGAGACAGAAGAAGGAGCUCAUCUGGUUGAUCGAACACACACCUCUCUUUACUUGGGAGUGUCGACRAACAGCCCUGUGCCUUUUUAUGUGGAGGAAGGAUCUCUGUGGAGCAGCCUAUUUCCUCCAGGCCUCAACAAGACUGUAGACCUCAUGAGCAGCAUCAUCCGGCCUCACCUGCAGCACAGUGUUGUGUCUGGUUGUAGAAGCGUUCUGUCCAGUUGCACGGUCCUCCUCCGUGGUCCUGCAGGCAGUGGAAAGAUGACUGUGGUCAGAGCGGCGAGUAGCAGACUGAACCUCCACCUUCUUAAGGUGGACUGUGUGACCSUGUGUGCAGACACUCCUGCAGCCUCUGAAGCAAAGCUGGCGUCUGUGUUUCAGCGAGCAGACGCCCUGCAGCCCUGCAUUCUGCUGCUCAGAAACCUGCAGCUUCUACUGACAGCUCAAGGAUCCCCUGAAGACAACAGCAGAGUCCAGGCUGUGCUGUGCCAGCUGCUCAGCAGUGUCCCCACUAGUGUGGUCGUGGUGGCAACAAUCUGCAGAGCUCAGGAUCUGUCAGAUGGUGUUGUGGGGGCGUUUGUCCACCAGUUGGAGCUGGAGAGACCCACAGAGGAGCAGCGGCGCUCCAUGUUGGUUAGCCUGACUCAGGAACUUCAUCUGGGGAGAGAUGUCAACCUGGAGAGACUCUCUAAACUCACUGCAGGCUUUGUGUUGGGGGAUCUAAACGUGCUGUUAGCUGAAGCUGGAAGGUCUGCCUGGAGGAGGUUGCUUCACAUCUGUGAUGGRCGGAGCCAGGAGGAGCUGUGUUCCAGUGGAGUGACCAUCCUGAACSAGGACUUGACCUGUGCCCUGGAGACCCUGCAUGACAUCCAUUCUAAAGCCAUCGGGGCCCCAAAGAUCCCUAACGUGUGCUGGGAGGAUGUGGGGGGUUUGGAGAGCGUAAAGAAAGAAAUCCUGGACACGAUUCAGCUUCCCCUGCAACGUCCCGAGCUCCUUUCUUUGGGUCUGAGUCGGACUGGAGUCCUGCUGUAUGGACCACCUGGGACAGGAAAGACUCUUCUGGCCAAGGCUGUGGCCACUGAGUGCUCCAUGACCUUCCUCAGUGUCAAAGGUCCAGAGCUCAUCAACAUGUAUGUGGGUCAAAGUGAAGAAAACAUCAGAGAAGUGUUCCACAGAGCACGSUCUGCAGCUCCCUGUGUUGUCUUCUUUGAUGAACUGGACUCUCUGGCCCCCAACAGAGGACGCAGUGGAGAUUCUGGAGGAGUGAUGGACAGAGUUGUGUCUCAGCUGCUAGCUGAACUUGACACAUUGCACUCAUCUGCUGGGGUUUUUGUGAUCGGAGCCACAAACCGUCCUGACCUGCUGGACCAGUCGCUGCUCAGGCCGGGCAGGUUCGAUAAACUGGUCUACAUCGGAAUCAAUGAGGAUCGGGUCUCUCAGCUCCAGGUUCUCCAGGCCAUCCUCAGAAAAUUCCAGUUGGACCCUGCUGUGAAACUGCAGGACGUAGUAAACCACUGCCCCAGUCACAUGACCGGCGCUGACCUGUACGCUCUCUGUUCAGACGCCAUGACGGCCGCCAUCAAGAGAAAGAUCCGUUUCAURAACGACGGUCUGGAUUCUGAAGACUCCCCUGUCCUUCUCUCCAUGGAGGACUUUUCUUCAGCACUGGAAAAUUUCAGACCAUCCAUUUCUGACAAGGAGCUUCUGCGGUACCAAAAUAUUCAUGAGAGACUUUCUGCAAAGUAGAAACUGCUGUUUUUGAUUAUAGGCCAAUUGCAGCAYAAUGAUUAAAAAAGAUGAGAAUAAACAUCAUUAGUUAUUUAUAGCAAUAAUAACCUAAAGUGAAAUCUACCUCUGAAGAAUCUGUGCAAUGACGGAUCACAUUCUAGAAUGUAAAUUUUGUAAAGAUAACACUCAUUUAUAAAAUAAUGCAUAAAAAAUAAAUCCAGUUAAAAUACUAA